CUAUAGGCGAGUGUGGGGGGUGGGGAAGGUUGAGCAUUUUCUAGUGACAUGUCCGGGUUAUUAAAAUCAUUUUAGACCAAUUCAUUACUUUUACUGACAAGAGAUUUAAGAAAAAAUCAAUUAAGCAUUUGCAUAUUCCUUUGCAUACAUUAGUUCUGUCUGCCAGGCGUCAUAAAGGAACAAAACCAGAAGGGGACCUCGCUUCAGUUUGGAGCUUUCAAGUUGUUUGGAGGGGGGGGGGGGGAGAAAUUAAAAUGGAAUUAAUUACAUGUCAUCUAGAAGUCAACUUAUUUGGAAAGGAAAAAGAGGGAGGGCUGUGGAAGUCUCUUUUCUUUCAAAAAAUCCUGCAGUUUGUGGGGUGGGGGAGGGGAUGACCAUGAUCUUCUCUCCCAUUCUUUUCCUCCAACCAAAAAAGACAAAAAAAAAAAAAAAAAAAAAAAAUCUUGAAAUCCAAAUUGAAAUACACUCCCUACCCUCACAUAUACACACUUUCUCCCCUGGAAAAGGAGGGAAUGGGGCAAGUCUAAAGAUUGAGAUUUUUAAAAGCAUCACAAAGUCUCAAGAGCUACUUAUGUUCUCGGCCGCAGAUUGUUAAUGGGAGGGGGGAGAGAAUAUAGGUUAUCCAACGGUCAAUAUGGUAAUGCCGGACACAAUAACGCCACACACACAAUGAACACUUAUUUUUCUUCAGUACUGUCAGAAGGGAAGCGCUUUGUACUGAAACAUGUUUCCGAAAAGAGAAACCAGAUCUAGACGUAGAGAAAGGCGACGGAGACGGGGAUUGGGGGUGAUACAGACUAAAUGCAAGGGGAAAUGCAGCAAAUAUAAAAAUAAAAUUAGGAAAUAGUACGAUGCGUUCAUGUAUGGCUGGAGUGAGAGAUAACUGGUUAGCACAAGGCAAGGGGGAGGAGGAUGAAUCUAGCUGGCCAUGGGGGUAAGAAGACAGAGGGGGGGAAUACAAAAGGAUUGAGGAGGUUAGUAUAGAAGUGUUUUUCACACGCCUUGGAAACCCCAGUGGCUCCUCUAUGCAAACAGGAAAUCUAUGGAAGGGAACAAGUUAGAAUAUAUAGAAUAUUCUAUAGGUAAAAUAUGUAUGAUCAUUAGAAGUGAAGGACAGAGAUAUGUGCUUUCUCACAAAUAAUUUUGGAAGGAUAGGGAAAGUGUGUGUGGAUCUAUUUAAAUACACACACAUAUACAAAAGUCCUAUGGAUGUCCAAGUGUAUGUGUAUAAGCACAUAGAUUCCUUUUCACAUCCAAAAAUUCAAUGAGAUGUACAAAUAUGGCAUUAAAUCCCCGUGUGUGUGCAUCUUUAUGGCACACAUGCUGGCAUUUAGCAUUAUGCUUGUGUGUAUAUUGUUAGCUAACAAGGUAGUUAAUAUUAGCUAAAUGCAGAGUUAAAUUCAAUCCCUGGCUCUGUGUUCAGGGUAGUCUCUAUAAUGCAAACUUACCUGCAUAAAUAGAAAGCUUUGAGGUUGUGCAUCUGAGUGGUCCGUAUAGAUAAUGAAUUCUGUUUAUUGGAGGCUAUAACAGAGGCUAAUCUUUGGAAAAAGGAAGGAAAGUUUGGCGGGUAGAAGGCUGGGACUAGAAAAGGAGAGUGACAGAGAUUCCUAAAGAAUCUCUGCAUUUGUGAAGAAGUUUCCUCACUGGGAAGCUGAAUGAAAUCACAGGUGAAGAGGAAAAUAUUUAUACAUACACAUAUAUUUAUAUACACAUACAUAGAUAUAUUAUUCUGGAUGCAUACAAAUUAUCUGUAUAUGCAAAAAACCAUAUAUCUAUGUAUGUUUGUUUGCGUGCAUGUAUGCAUGUAUCCAGAAGGCUGACAAAGAUCAAGAGGCAGACUACCAGGCCUAGAAAGGAGAUUCUAAAUAUUUGUGUAUACUUUCGCCUUCACUUCUCAGUCCUACUUCGAAUCUUCCUGACUUUUCAAUGUCCCAGUGGAGAAAGCUGAUUUCCAGAUCACGAUUCUCUGCUGUAACUUGGAAUUACACUGCUUGCCUCCUCCUUUCCAAACUACUAGUUUUAAAUCAAUAGGAUCUUCUUUUCCCCAAUUAAUUUACACUACCUCCCUAUUCAGGCUUAAGCAGCUCAAAUCAACCUCCUGCUCACUCCCACCAGUAAGUACCUCCAGCUAGUUUUCAACCAAGUUUGGAAACUCAGGCUCUAAUUUCCCUAAUGGAUUAUUCAAUGUUCCAGGGGAUUCAAACAUCCUACCCCAAUCCCAUUGAGGGUGUGUAUGUGUGCACAAGAAAGGUGCUUUCUCUCUCCAUCAGGGAGAAGGAAUGUGCCCUUUUCCAGGAAGGUGUAUAUAUACACACACUACACCCAAGUAUAACCAAAGUUCCUUUUCUAUAGUAUACACAGCUUUCCUGCUGAAGAAUAUAGAUUUAGUUGUGGUGGGGCAGUUUGGUAGAGAUAGAUUACAAAACUCCUAAAUUUGAAGUCCUAGACUAGACUAAGAAGAAAUAAAAAGAGGAAAAUUGGAAUGGUUAGCACUUUAAAGAAAGAAUAAACUUGGCAAUCAAGAACAUAGCAGUGGAUAGCUGCAAUUCAGAUUUAAUUUGCUCUCUUCUUAUUCUCUCCUCUCUCCUCCCCUUUUCUCUCUCAAUCUCUUGAUGAGAGGGAGGGGGCUUAAUUUGGGGGGAAGAGGAGACCUUUCACCCUCCCCCCACCCAAGUUCUAGAAACAGAAAGGAUGAGCCCUGAGUCUUUCUGCUCUAGCCUUUUCCUCUCUUUCAGCUCCUCUCUUCUUUUUCUCCUUCCCAUUCCCUUAAUUGCAGAUGUUCUAAUUAAACCCUCAAAUAGUUGUUAUGCUGUUUUAAAAGGUAGUAAUUCAAGUGUCAACCAGGCCGGGAGGGGAGGGGAGGCAGCGGUAGUGGCGGUGGCAGCGCAGGGUGGCGAAUUAAAGGUAGAUUGACUAAUCACGGCGGCGAUCAUAAUAAAAUCAGAGGGGGAAAAAAAAUCACAUUAUGACUUUUCGUGGAAAGAAGGGAGCAGGCAGCGGCCGCCAGCAGCACGCCUACUCCGACACAAAGAGCCUCGGCGAUUCCCCUAGACUGAUUUAUGACGUUUUACAGCCCUAUAAAAGCUGCAGCGACGAGGCAAACGCUCCUACCACCGCUGGCAGAUUUAGUCUAAUAAAUAAAACAUAAACAGUUAACUUUAUGUGUCACUUUUAUUGUUAUCAAGUAAAAUAUAGCUGGGCCCGGCAAGCUAUGAUUUUAAACUAUAAUUGUUAUCAAGUACAACAAGGGGAUCCGGCUCCCUCCCUUCCCCUCUCUUCUCCUCUUCCCUUCCCUGGCCCCUGCCCCCUCCCCCCUCAAGUAAACUAUGACUUAUCCAGGGGCAGUUAAUUGUAAUCGAUGUCAAGAAGUGGCUUCUUUAGCUCUGGCAAGGGUAUGUUGUAUUGGGCCCUCGUUUCUCCCUCCUUGGUGAGGUUUCCACUUAUCUCUCCGUUCUGCCGGGAGAGUCUAACUUGGGGGAGAGAAUGUGACUGGAUAAGGACAUCAGCAGGAGUAUAUUAAGGUCCUUCUCCCGGCUCCCAAUACCUGUCUUCCUUCUUAUCCCUUCCCUUCUCCCUACAGGCCCAGACAAGUUAUAACUUAGUCUUGGAGGAACAGAAUCUUCACCUGUCCCUGUUUUCCAAUACACUCUCCAAAGGAACCCAUUUCUCUACCCCUCCUCUACUCCAAAACUCUGGCUGCUGGGAGGACAGGGGGAAGUUUCGCUCUUGUGACUCAGCCUUAAGCUAAGGGUGUUCUGGGAUGUUUGUGGAAGUGUGUUUACACAGUCGUAGCAUAGAUAUUGCCUCACACCUAACAGUCAGGUUUACACAUAAAACAACACACACAGUGAGCAGGGACAAGCUAUUCUAUCACAUCAAAAGUUACUUAUCUCUACUUAUAGAGAUACCCUACAUCUACUGGGUAAUAGCUAUGGACAUAGGUCAGCAAUGGAGAUAUGGUCAAUAUUGAUAGAGUUCUGUAAAUGUUAUCAGUUUUUUUUUUCCUUCCAAAAUCCCAGAUGCAGUCCUUUUAGAGGAUUUAUUUUCAAGAAUUGGAAAGCCAAGGUAGGUAGGACACUGGAAAAGUCCCAGCAGUGAGAAUGUAAAGGAGAAGUUCUGGUUCUAGGGGGGAGAGGCUGAAAGAAUGGCAAAUCGAAGAGGAAGAGUUCUGAAUUCUGCCUUUUCCCAAAGACAUAGCAUCUCUCUCCAACCAAGUUAAGGGCAUCCAGACCUUCAGGCAUGACAGUCAUUUGCAUACAGCCAGCUCUACCUGUCAGGUAAAAUUCUUUAGCUCACCUUCUCUCCCAACAGUCGGAGGAGAAGUUGGGGGGGGGGGGGAGAGUGGGAAGGGGAAGUUUGGGAGAGUGUGUUUUAAAAGCGGGGCAGAAAAGGGAAUAAGUUCUGAUCUUCUUAGACUUGUGGUACACCAGCGUCUUGCUCAGCUUGGUGCCCUCUCCCAACCCAUGCUCUUGCUCCAACUUCACUCCUCAUUGGUUCUCGAUCUAGACAGACUGAAACAUACAACCAUUAAUGGCUUCAUUUGGGAAAAAACACACACAAACAAGGAAACACAACAUGAUUGGAUUUGGGGGCUCUCCCACACAAUCUUCCAACGCCCCAAAUCAGAUCCUACUUCUCUCUGAGUGGGACUGGGGGAGGGUACACUUGCCUUCUCAGGCUGGAGAAAACAAACUCACUGAGGGGUUGAGGGAAGACAUCCUAGCUCCAGUCAGUCUGGGUCUAGUCUCCCCUUCACAAAGCCCCCCACUCACCCCCACACCACCACCACCAGGAAAAAAAUUGGAUACAUUUUGAAUAAAGCGAUUCUGUUCCUUAUCCGGGGACUAGGUUGCUUGGCGUGAUUGGCCGGCGGAGUCACAUGGUGAAAGUAACUUUACAGGGUCGCUAGCUAGUAGGAGGGCUUUAUGGAGCAGAAAAACGACAAAGCGAGAAAAAUUAUUUUCCACUCCAGAAAUUAAUGAUCAUGAGCUCCUAUUUGAUGGACUCUAACUACAUCGAUCCGAAAUUUCCUCCAUGCGAGGAAUAUUCGCAAAAUAGCUACAUCCCUGAGCAUAGUCCGGAAUAUUACGGCCGGACCAGGGAAUCAGGAUUUCAGCAUCACCAUCAAGAGCUGUACCCACCACCACCUCCACGGUCUAGCUAUCCCGAGCGCCAAUAUAGCUGUACCAGUCUCCAGGGACCGGGCAAUCCGAGAGGCCACGGGCCGGCUCAGGCGGGGCACCAUCACCCCGAGAAAUCGCAGCCGCUCUGCGAGCCAGCUCCUCUCUCCGGCUCCUCCACUUCCCCCUCCCCAGCCCCGCCAGCCUGCAGCCAGCCAGCCCCAGACCAUCCCUCCAGCGCCGCAUCCAAGCAGCCCAUAGUGUAUCCAUGGAUGAAAAAAAUCCACGUUAGCACGGUGAACCCCAAUUAUAAUGGAGGGGAACCCAAGCGUUCGAGGACAGCCUACACCCGCCAGCAGGUCUUGGAAUUAGAAAAAGAGUUUCAUUACAACCGCUACCUGACCCGGAGGAGAAGGAUCGAGAUCGCCCAUUCGCUGUGUCUCUCCGAGCGGCAGAUCAAAAUUUGGUUCCAAAACCGUCGGAUGAAAUGGAAGAAGGACCACCGACUCCCCAACACCAAAGUCAGAUCCGCCCCACCAGCCGGAGCGGCGCCCAGCUCCCUGCCCGCAACCACCCCCGGCCCUACUGAAGACCAUUCCCAAAGCUCAACACCACAGGAGCAGCGAGCAGAGGACAUUACCAGGUUAUAAAACAUAAAUCACAUCCCUUCGCCCCCAUACCCACUCCCCCACCCCCCACACACAAAUUGACUCUUAUUUAUAGAAUCUAAUAUAUAUAUAUAUAUAUUUUGGUUCUUUCUUCUCCCCAUCUCUAGUCCUUUGCUUAUUCCAAACAGAAACAACAGAUACAUGGAAACAAGCCCCCCCCUCCCCUUCUCUCCCUUCCACUGUUAAGGACCCUUUUAAGCAUGUGAUGUUGUCUUAGCAUGGUACCUGCGGGGCUUUUUUUAGGCCGUUUGGGGGUUUUAUUUAUUUUUUAAGAAAAAAAAGCAGCAAAAAAAAAAAAAAAAAGAUAUAUAUUGCAAGGUGCGAUGGUCCAGUUCUGGUUAAUUUUCAGGGGGAAAGAGGGAAGAAAAAGGAAAGAGACAUUUUUAGGCCAAUUCUUCUGUUUCUUCUUUUCCUUUUUUCCCCCUUAGGCCUUUUGCAUUGAAAAAUGCAUCAGGGGAGGUGAGGGAGGGGGAAGUCAUUUUAAGGAGAACAAAGCUAUGAAGUUCUUUUGUAUCAUUGUGGGGGGGGUGGGAGGAGAAGGGGGGGAAAGGCAGCAGACAAAGCUAAAUGCAUCUCGGGAGCCUCUCCUAGCUGUUCAGUUUGAGGAGCCAAAAGAAUAUCAAAAAGAACUUUCAGUUCUGAGACAGAAACUCCAGACCUUAGGUAGAUUUUUCACCCCCCUUGUGAUCAUUGUGGUUUUUGGACUGAAUUUACUUGGUUAUUGUAAAACUUGCAAUAAAGAAUUUUAGUGUUGAUGUGAAGUGCCCCGUGAUCAAUAAUAAACCAGUGAAUGUGAAUUAGUUUUACUUAAUGUCUGAUGGUUUCUUUUUUAUUCCCUCUCUCCUCCAGUGGACUUGGGCUUCUGCUGGUAAAAUCCCACCUUCUCCCUAGUUGCUUGCUAAGUUUACUCUAAGCAAACAUAUGAACCUUAACUCUCAACUCCAGUUUUCCAGUGUCCUUAGGACCAGGAAGGGAAAGGAAGUUGUGUGUGUGUGUGUGUGUUUGUGUAUCUGUGUGAGAGAGAGAGAAUGUGUUGUAUGUGUUAAUUCAACUAAAAGGUUUAUGUGGAACAUUAGGACUGAAUUUUCUUUUCACCUCUUCUUAAUCUGAGUUUUCAGAGAGGAAGAUAUCUUCUGGGGGUGGGAACAGAAGAGUUGGGAGGCAGAGGGUGUCUUAUUUUCAGACAGCAAAUGCCUCCACUUGGUCUCUCUCCUCCCUACCCUUGUCUUAGGUAGAGCUUGGUUUCAUAUAGGCAGACUUAGACUGGGAUAGUGUCCUCAAUUUUUGCUUUAUUUUGCUUUUAAAUGAGACCUGUAACUUUGAGAAUGGAGAACUUCCAGUAAAGGACUCGUAACAAUGCAGAUAAAGCCUUAGAGCAUUGCUUGGGGACAAGUGAUUUACCCAGGUUCACUCAGUUUGUAUCUGGGGCAUGUAUCUAAACUCAGUAUAUCUCUAAAUUCAGUUCUUUCUGAAUCCAAAGCAUUUACUGUGCAAUUCUGCCUCACAUCUCUCAUAGGGUUAUUUUGUGAUUUGAAGGGGGCAUAAAGGAGAUGUGCCUCCAACAAUCCCACACCUAAAAAGUCAUUUUAAAGGCAGUCUAAAGGAAACUUCAGACUUUUUCUGUUUGUUUAGACUAAGAAUGGAGGGGGAAGGGGAAAGACAGAGGUUCAAGAGGGCUUCCUUCCAUGGGUAGGCCUCAAAGCCUUGUGUUGGACAGUAAUGGAAACCCCCCUCCCCAACUCCUCUCACAGACCAGCCAGGUGUGGGGUAAAGGCCCACAGAGAGAAAGAUCUCAUUGCUCUCUUCUGCCCCACACCAAUCUAGACCAUGGCAGGCUUGUGGGAGAAAAAUGAGCAGUUUUCUGUUGAUAAUAAAAUUAGAAAUUCAAGAAGAAAUGUAUAAAAAAUAAAUAAACAUUUUCCCCUCCCUAUCAUAUGGAUAAUUUUAACCAGUAAUUUUUAGUAUUGUAGACUAGGCCCAAGUAACCUCCAAGCACAUAUUUUAUUUGCUUAUUGGAAGAACAGUAUCUGAAUUUAUUUGGUUGUUGUGACAAUUAUCUUCCAUAAAACUCACAGACCUUUCCUUGCCAGGAAAACUGUUGAAAUUUUAGGACAUUAAGGGAUCUCAGAAGCUUUAUUCUUUUAAAAAGGGAAGGAGAAAAUCAUUCUGAUUUGGCUUACAUCAAAAUCUUGCUCUCCUUUACCAUAUCUUAGGAUGAAAGGUGACAGGACUAGAUAAAGGCCUUCCUGAAUAGAGAAAUCAAGUUGCAGAGGAAUAUAUGUGUGUGGUUGUUGUGGUUUUUUCCCCCGUCUCCCCUCCUCUCUCGAAUCCACUUGCUGGUAGGGUGGUUGUUGAGAUGUAGGUUGGGUGAGCAGAAUGGUCCUGCAGGCCUCUUUUUCUCCACCCUUGAUCAUACUCUAGAGAUGGCAAAAUUGCCUCUUUCAUCCAGCUCCAGGAGUGCAGACUAAUAAUUAUUCUAAGUUAUUUUUAUGUAAUCAAGUGAAUUUGCAACCAAAUCACAGCUGAAAUCUCCAUCAUCUCGAGGCAAUUGGUUUGGGGUCAGAAGGGGAUAAGAUUUGCAUGUUCCACAGGGCUAGGCAAGAGAACUUGUGUAGAGUGUAUAGAAGUGCCUUUUAAAGCUUAUAAUAAAACUAAAGUGAAAAGUAUGAGUGCAGGGGUGGUGGGAAUAGAGAAAUAGUAUCCCUAAAUCUAUCCAGGAGAACAUUAUUCUUUGGGAUAUUUUUUUUUCUUUUUCUGAAAGUUAGAGAAAGGAGAUUAAAAACCCCCACUACAAUUCUCAUUUCUGGCUUUGCCUGAACUUACUCAAUGAAGAUUGUUUCAGCACAGGGACCUCAGUUCCAAAUGGGAGGAGAUUUAAGGUCAAAUAGGGACAGAAGUGGGGACAUUUAUUUUUUCUUUCACUCCUUUGAUCUCUGUUUCCUCUUCGUCUUUUUCUCUCUGUUUGGAUCAGAGGAGAAACAUCAUAGAUUAUAAUAAUAAUAAAUAUUAUUAUCAUCAAUAAUAAUAUCAAUUAUUUUAAGCUUAUAUCCAAAGUAGCUUUGGCUUCUGACACCAUUUUUACUAGUUUUCCUGUCUUCUUGUUUCCAAAUUUCCCCCUUUGCAUUGAAUAUGACCAGCAGGAAUCAGGCAGAGACUUUCCCGAAGGGAUAGUAGGUAAAGGCAUCGAGAAUGGGGCUUGGAGCUCCAAGGCUGGCUCUUCCUCCUCCCCAGUGGAACUUUUUCAUUCUGGUUGCCUUCCCGGUGAAGAGGAAAGCGGUGGGAUUUUAUUGAAGUUGGGUGGAGAAGAGGGGAAAGGCAAGGGGGAAAAUGCAACUCAGGUUCACGGAGAGGACACAUUUUCUCUGCCAUCGCUUUUAUAUUCCACAGCUGCCCUGACCUCUCCCCCCUUCUCUGACCCUCUGGGCUCUGCACCAUGUACCAUCCCCGGGUCUCGAAGCUUUUGUAAGGUUGUGGAUUUUUUUUCUCUCAUAGUAAUGGGGUGGGGUGGGGGGAGAGCCAAGUCGAGCUGAAUGCAUAUUAUUGCAUUGUGUCUCUCUCGAAUGGCUAAAUAAAAAAGAAGAUGUGGUUGAAGCGACGACCAAUUCGUCCAAGGUCCUUCUCCAAGAGCCUGGUGAUCCCAACAGGUCAAAAAUUCGCUUGACAUGUAAGUAGUUAGCAUUUAGAUUUGUUUGAGGGUGGGAUGGAAGCAAUAUAAAUACAUUUUUCCCCUCCAAAUUUCAUCUCUACUCCAACGAAAGAGUGGAAGGAUUAAGAGGGAAGAAGAGAAAGAGGGAAUAGAGAAAGGAAGUGUCCGAUCAAUGUGGCAGAGCUCGAGCCACAUCCCUUGUCCCCAGUGAUAGAGAGAAGCAUAAUUCUCUGAUGUUAAAAGUCAUCAGGAAAAUGUUGAGAGGAAGAGAAAUAGAAAGAAGAGCCCUGGCUGGCUGCUUCCCUCCGGUUGCCUCUCGUACUCUUUUUAAGGAUUUCCCUACCAAGCUUCUGUCUCCUUCUGUUUGGGCCAGCCUCCUUCCUAGAGGCGCUAGAACAGAAGGAAGCUAGAAAAUCUUCCAUUUCUUGAGAAAAUAAAGGAGGGCAGGGGUGAAUCAGAAGGGAGCUGGGGCCACCCAUUCCAGGUACUCAUUGCUUUCUGUUGCCUCCUUACAAUUAAAGGAGAACUGAAUAUUUUGACUUGGAUAUGGUUUAAUGAGAAGGUUAUGUGUUCCUGGAAUUGAAAGAGAUUAAGGAAAUCAUGCUAGUGUAGGAGGAAUUAGGUUCUCACAUCUUCCCCCCCCCACACACACACACACAAUUGCCUUUUCUGUCUUAUUCAGAGAAAACCUUACAUCCUGUCUCCCCAGUUUACCUUUCUCAGGUAUUUCCUGAUCUUCAGCAGCUUUCUUCCCCCAUCCAACCCCAUACCUUGGAGAGAGGUUAACUUUAAUUAAAAACUGAUUCUCCCCACUCAAGCUAAGGACUAGAGCCCUGUUACCCACAUUUAUCCCCUCUUACAUGCACCACCCCCGACCACCAGAGCUAGAGAGGGGAUAUUUGUUAGCACUCUGAAUGUCAUUAUCCACAGAUACAAUUUUAUGAACUUCCUAAUCUGUCGUCUUGAUUUAUCUGGAUGGGCAGGGGCCCAAGCUAAACAUUUGGGGUCUUUGGUGAAAGGAGAAUUUCUUGCCAAACUAUUCUCCUAUUAGAAUGAGUCCCAUUUGAGUCUGAUUCUAUAUCCUUUUUUCCCACUCAUGCCCCAGUUUUUUCCCCCUAUUUUCUCACCCUAAGUGAAGGCCCAUGUCUCUGAUUGCCUUGGACUCCCAUUACUUUUUGGGGAGAAUAAAAUAGAGAAAGAUGGUUGUGGCAAAAAACUGAAAGAAUUGCUUUCUCUAAAUCAAUCUUCAUUCUCUCUCUUUGACCCAUUUCUACUUUGGAUUGCCGUAAGGAGAGAAAGUCAAAAAUCCCUACUUUAUUGCCAGUCUUCUCCCACCACAGGAAUCUCCCUCUAGGUUCAUUCUCCCCCUUCCCCAACUUCCAGGCUGCUAGCUCCCUUAAUUAUCUCAACAUCCCCAGUGGACCGACCAGCAAGCAGUUUCUUUCUAAGUCUUUUGAUCUAGGCUUUUCUCCUCUCCUUUUCCAAACCGGCUUUAAGUUUCCCAGAAACAGACAGAACACCUCCCCUUCUGCAUCUUAUCAGUUCCCAUUCUACUUCAAUAUCUCCUCUGUCAGACUAUCAUGAUUUCAUCUUGCUCCUUUCUGGCCCUCGAUGGUGGUCCAAAAAGUUGAUGGUUUAGAAAGAAGGGAGAUGAUGUAGUAAAAUUCCUUUUAAAAUCUUGUGGAAAGUGCAUUGUAGGACACUGCAGAGAGGUUAUAGGGUCAGAUAGAAAUGUGGGGAAUAAUCUUAAUUCUCAAUCGAUGUUAGAAAAUGCCCAUGGUUGGGAGAACACUCUCUUGCUUUGUCCAGCCUGAAGUGGAGACCUAAAUUAGGGGAAUCAAGAAAAACAAAAACAAAAAUUAAAAAACAACGGUAUCCAAUUCCCUCACUAUCUCUGGCCUUCUGUUUAGCCUCUCUUUGUCCCAGGAUAGGGAGAGGGAGAGAAGGAUCUAUUUUUGUUUGUAGUGGUAGAAAUCUGAAAACCGCACCUGUAGGAGGCAGCUUCCCUUCUGCUCUUGGUUCCUUCUAAACGGUGGCUGAUUUCUUGGGGGGAACCUUAGGAGGGAAAAUAUGAUAGGAUGUGGUCUCUUCCGAUUAAAUUAACAUUGUACUACCUUCCUUAGGGGUAUCCCAUAUUUCGUAAGAUUGGAGUUUAAGGGGCCCAGAGCUAAGAAGGAAGCCUGGGGAUUCUCCAAGCGCUUCAAGAUGAGCCCUCUUCUUAGAUUGCACAGGCUCCUCCUCCAAAGUUUCUGGGGCAUCUACCUUCCAUUCCAGUGUCUGCUGGGAGGGCUGCCUUUGCAUUCUUCUGGGUCACGACCCCAGCUUUGGACAGCAGGACAAUAGCGAGUUGAGCAGGGGCAGCCGAGGUGGGUGAGCGGGAACAGGCGCCUAGAGCAGGUUCGUUGAGUGGUGAAUUCCAUUGCCUGUGAAUCCCAUUGCAUUCAGCCCUGGGGUUGAGCCUUCUGGAACUCCUUGUACUCUUCUCUGAUGCUUAAAAAUACUACCUCCAUGUCCAUCCCCCCCCCAAAACAUGGAAUAGGCCCUUUAUCUGCAGUCUCCCCAUCUAUAUAUUGCGAUUUUUCCCCCCCUUAUAUAAAGGAUGACUAUCAGAGUGGCUGUCAGUUGAGCUUUCUCCCUAGAGCAGAGCCUGAAGAGAAAGUUCGAUUGUGGAUUAUAGGAAUCCCUGGAUCCCCUUGACCAUAGGUUAUACCUAAUAUAAAGGGACAGAAGAGAAGGGGAGUCUGGAUAAAUCAGGACACCAGAUAAAGCAUUUUCUUGAUCUGGUUUAUAUUAGUCAUAAAAGAAGCUGAGAAUGAAUUAUCCAGAUAAUUACCUCAACCUUCCUGAGUGGCCAAGGAUUUUGUCAGGAAAAUGGGACUGAGACUAGAAUUCUUUUGUUUGAACAGCAAAACAAAAAUUAAAACUAACUAAAGCAAAUAUAGGGAAAGCAUGAUAGAUUUGUGUUGAGGUGGGGGACCAGAGUGGAAGGGGAUGCUAUCAUUUAGGGGAGACCUCCCCAAAUAGCCUUUCUCUUUGGAAGGGAUUUGAUUGAGGGAACCUUUCUUUUGCCCUAUCAACCAUCACCCAUGUCAAAGUAAUAGCCCCACCUUAUUUCAGUCUUUUUGGCCUCUUUUCUAACUUGUGAAUCAGAUCAGCCCAGCCUGGAUGGAACUUAGUGUCGACUCCCCAGUCAGUCUAAAAAGCCUGGUGUCUGAGCUAGAGGAAAAAAAAAAUGUAGGUGUGAUCUGGAGAGUUACAAAUCAACAGUUGCAUUUGGGAACUAGGAAAUUGGAGGGGAUCUAUAGUAUUUUGAAUUUUGGCAGAGGGAAGGGUAAGCUAUGA